UACAGUAUUUCUAUUUUUACUAUAAAAGAGCAAAACACAAUCUAAAUUACCAAAAUACUUGUUGUUCUUAAAACCUUUAUGUCAGCUGUAUUAACUUCCGUAUAGAUACAAGUAUUUGACCAUGGAUGUGACCCAAAAUGAGAGGAAUCCUAAUUCCUUAUUGUGCUGUCGUGCCUGUCUAUCUACCGACAAGAGAUUGUUCAAUAUGCACGAAUAUCACCUUACUGACGCCUUUUCGCGCAUCGUAGGAACUCCUCUACUGCAGGACGAGCUGCCACAGUAUCUGUGUGUGUACUGCCAAGCCCUGCUACUCAAAUGUGUAUCAUUCAAGAACAUGUGUCUCCACACACAACAGAGCCUUUUGCCACAUCUCUUUAAGUCGGACCCAGAUUGUACUAAACCAAGCCAUCCUCCUCACAGAUUUUUCAAUUUAAGCAAAACACAAGUUGAGAUAGUUGACUGCACAAUAUCUGCAGAGGAUGUAAAAAUAGAACCCAGUGUAGACAUAGUUAACAUAGACAGUAUCAUAAAUAAUACAGCUUUGAAAUUAGAAUAUGAAAAUAAAGAUAAUGAAGUAAAUAUAAAUAAUGAUACAGAUAUAGAUUUCCCUGUUUUAAAAGAUAUUAAAAGAAGGAAGGGGAAAAUUGAUUCUACAGUUAAGAAAAAGAAAGAAAUUUCAAUUGAAUUUGAAAAUGAUGGAACAGAUGAUGUCGGUACUGUUGAUAGUGAAGACAAUUAUAUGUGUACAGAGAAAAAGAAAAAACGAAAGGAAAGAAAGACUGUUGUUAAGAAAGAGACAGUAGGAUUGAAAACUGAGAAAAAUAAACCAGUUAAAGGAGUGACCAAAAAUGCAUCCGAUAAUUCUGCUAUUGAGAGUGCUUAUGCUGUACAAAUUGUACAUUUGAGCAAGGAUGAGCAGCUGGAAGAGAUCGCCUCGCGCAAGAAGUCCCGGAACUACCUGGAGUCGCGGUUCCGGUGCGAGGACUGCGGGAAAGGGUUUGAUUCGGAGACGGCCUUCACCAACCAUCUACUUCGGCACAGCCCUAGCUCCGGUUCGCUAGUGUGCGAGAUCUGCGCGAUGCGCUUCAACGUGAAGUGUCGUCUCUUGAAGCACCAAGAGUCCCACCGCCUCAAGUUCAUUUGCAAGUUCGGUGACAACUGCAACUUUGUAUCUCGGGACAGGGCGCAUGCCAAGAAUCACCACGCCAUGCACGCGGGCAAGACUUUUGAAUGUCAACACUGCGGGAAGACGUUCAAUAAAAGCACAACAUACUUGACGCACGUGCGGCUGUCGCACCCCGCCAUGAACGUGGCAUGCGACGUGUGCGGUGAGACCUUCGUCAGCCAGAAGGGGGCGCUGCUGCACAAGAACAGGAUGCAUCCGGAGGUCUGCAACAACUCACAUGCAUCCUCUAGACACGCGAAACCUCAAAAAUAUAAGUGCCCUGUCUGCGCAGCCUACUUUAAUAGCGUAGAGGCGCUGAACAGACACACAGACACGGCCGCCGAGCACGGAGCCCUGCGGCCGUGCGAGCAGUGCGGCGAGAACUGUGCGAGCGAGGACGCGCUACGGGAACAUGUCAAAGAUACACAUCCGAAGGAGACGCAUCGGUGUGAGGAGUGUAACAUGUCGUUCCCCACGGCGGCGUCGUACGACACGCACCACCGCCGCAAGCACCUGAACCAGCAGGCGCGGCGCGCGCGGCCCGCGGCGCGCAAGAAGUACGCCGCCCGGCCGCGCGCGCGCGGGCAGUUCGUGUGCGAGCACUGCGGCCGGGUCAAGCCGAACGCAGCAUUGCUCCGGUACCAUCAGCGUAUACACGAGGGCGUGAAACCAUUCGCCUGCGAGCAUUGCCCCAAGGCCUUCACUUUGAAGUCUUCGCUAGUUUGGCACACGCGGACACACACGGGAGAGAAACCAUACCAAUGCGCUGAAUGUCCGCGCGCCUUCAGCUCCAAAGCCAACUUCAACAGACACCACAAAACAGUCCACCUGGGGAUCCGCGGGCAGUUCCCGUGCUCGGUGUGCGGGCGCGUGUUCACGACGCGCUCGGACGCGCGCGUCCACACCGGCGCCGUGCACCGCGGCCUGCCGUGGCCCAAGCGGGACCGCUCCAGGAAGAACAGGAAACACGUAGACGACUUAGAUAAUAAAUAAUAUUAAAAUACUGAAA